ACGUCACAUGAGGACCGGAAGCAGUACGGUGGAAUGCCGGAAAUUCCUUUUGUUGAUCAUUGGAUGUUUGUUUUUCGGCAUUUUUGAGUUCUAUUAAUUCACUGUUUUUCUAUUCUUACUUAAUGUGUUGGAUCGUGGCGGGUUAACAACUGAUACAAUAACAUUACCCGUGUUAGACAAGAGGGUUUUAUAUAGACAUUGCAUUAUUGUCUUAAUUGUUGUCGGGCCCGAGGCUGGGCUAACUUUAGCCUAGCAUUCAGUCCUGCUAGCUAGCGUUAGCUUGUGUUUGCUGUCAGUCUAGCUGGCUUAAAAGCCAGCCGUUCGCUCACUUAGUAACUCAUUAAUAAGAACGGUGAAAACAAAAACUCUAAAACCAUGGCAGUUGUCAACGAAGGUGCCCUUAAGAAAAUGCUGAAGCAAUACAAAUACAGAGAUCUGACUGUUCGUGAGAUAACCAAUGUCAUCUCCCAGUACAAGGACUUGAAGCCGCUUAUGGAUGCUUACGUGUUUAAUGAUGGCUCCACAAGAGACCUGAUGAGCUUAACAGGAACUGUUCCAGUGAGCUACAGAGGCAAUAUCUACAACAUCCCAGUGUGUCUGUGGUUGCUGGACACAUAUCCCUACAACCCUCCCAUAUGUUUUGUCAAACCUACCAGUGCCAUGAUGAUCAAAACUGGCAAGCACAUCGAUGCCAACGGCAAGAUCUACCUGCCUUAUCUACAUGAGUGGAAGCAUCCUCAGUCCGACCUGUAUGGUCUGAUUCAGGUGAUGAUUGUGGUUUUUGGAGAGGAGCCUCCUGUGUUUUCUCGCCCCACCACACAAGCCCCGUAUCAAGCAUUCCAAGCAGCUGGACCUCCUAACUCUUCCUAUAUGCCUGGCAUGCCUGUGGUCUCACCCUACGGCCCAAAUCCUAACCCAGGUGGCUACCCAGGAUACCAAUACCCAGGGGGCAACUCUUACCCAGCCACUGCUGGACCUGCACACUACCCCAACCAGACUCCAGUUUCCACAGUGGGCCCGAGCAGAGAUGGCACCAUUGGCGAGGACACCAUCCGCGCAUCUCUGAUCUCAGCUGUGAGCGACAAGCUUCGCUGGAGGAUGAAGGAGGAGAUGGACAGAGCUCAGGCGGAGCUGGACGCCCUGAAGCGAACCGAGGAGGACCUGAAGAAAGGACAUCAGAAGCUGGAGGAGAUGGUCUCAAGGCUGGACCAGGAAGUGUCUGAGGUCGACAGGAAUAUCGAGCUGCUGAAGAGAAAGGAUGAGGAGCUGAGCGAGGCCUUGGAGAAGAUGGAGAACCAGUCCGAGAACAACGACAUCGACGACGUCAUCGUGCCGACAGCUCCGCUGUACAAACAGAUCCUGAACCUUUAUGCCGAAGAAAAUGCAAUUGAGGACACCAUCUUCUACCUGGGAGAGGCCCUCCGCAGGGGCGUCAUAGACCUGGAGGUUUUUCUCAAGCAUGUACGCCUGCUGUCCAGGAAGCAGUUCCAGCUUCGUGCCCUCAUGCAGAAAGCCCGCAAGACUGCUGGCCUUAGUGACCUCUACUGACCCGCCACUGACUAUCAGGAAACCUAUAUCUUCAUAUCUUCAUGCUCUCUCACUCUUUCUUCUUCCUCCUCUGUUUUAUAAACGUUUUAAUGUCCUCUUGUAGCUGUCCUCGUUUUUUUUUUAUUUUAUUUUUUUAAUCUCUAUAAAAUCUGUUCUUGUGAGACAGAAAUCUGAACGGCAACAACCGAGAACGAUUUAAAAAUGCAACAUUUAUGAAAAACUGGAUUGUCCUAUGUGGCCACGGUUCUCCUAGGACAUCAUUUGUGUUUUGAUCUGACCAAAAAAAGGUCUUUUGAGAUCAUUAUUCAUUAACAGCCAUAACCCAUUUGCAAGACAUGACACAAUUACUUCUGUGCGCCAAUAUAUUAAAUAAAAACCAUUUCAACUACAUUGUGAACCAGGUACUGCGGUUGACACAAAAACCUGCUUAACACACAUGCCAUAUUGGUAAAAGUGACCUGGGAGCCUGUUUAGUGUUUGCCCCCCGAGUGUUUGCGGUGUAGCCGGAUUGGCGUACCGUGAGUUAACGUGUCGACCUGUAUACAGUAUGUUUGCUCUGCAGGGUAGCACACAGGUUCUGGCCGCAACCCUUUUGCCAGACAAAGUCAUUUGGCUAGUAAGCACAAAUUGUUAGGGGCUAGUCAAGAGGGGAUUUGUAGAGAGCCCCAUAUGUCCACUCCCCUCAUAAUGAAAAGGUUUGGCUCUGAUAUAAAUACCCAGGCCAACAUUUCUGGAAGGACGGGGGUGGGGGGGGGUUGAGCCUCAGGAUGUAAUGCUGUAUGAGUUCUGGGUCAUGUUCAGUAGCCAUGGAGUCAAAGGGAUCACCUUUCGUACAGUUAGAGGUGACGAUGGACAUGAACUGGGUUUCUUCAUUGUCUUGUCUGAGUCUUUUAAUGGGCUGAAGUUUUGAGCUCCCCUGCCAC